GACAACUGAAACUUUUUUCAUUUAGUCGACAUACUUACAUUUUGAUUUGGGAAUCGGCAACAAAGUGUUCUUAAAAACAAAUUACAUUCGAAAAUCUCAAAAUCCAAAAGAUAAAAAAAAUGAAGUUGUUUCUCUAUUUGACGAUUAUUGGAAUAUUUGUAUCAAGAACCAAUUCACAUAGAAUUUUGAGACAGACAUCAGAGAGUGAAGUGGAGGAAGUCGAAUCUGAACCACAGGAAAUGGAAGAGCAAGAAUCCAGUGAGGCGGCGGAACCUUCGGAGAUAGUAGAAGCAGAAAUAGAGAUAGAUCAAGAGUCUUCUUCUUCAAGUGUUGGAAACAGGCUUAAUGUGACGUCUUUGGCGACAGGUGGCGAGGUUGCACCUGGUGAGACAGUACUGUCUUCUUCAGUCGUCGUCGACUUAGAAAAUGAAUCAGAAGAGCCACUGGGUGCUGGUAUGGCCAAUCAAAACGCAAUGGCUGGCGGUGAUUCAUCUCAAGAAGCUGGCGCUGCCCAAGUUGGUGCUAAUCUUGGCGGUGUCGAAGGGUCCGAAUUAGCUGGGGGAGACUCGUCUCAAGAGGUUGGAGGCACUGUCCAAGGUGGUGCUGGUCUUGGUGGUGUCCCAAUUUCAUCUGAAGAAGUUGUCGGUGGAGCAACGAACACUCAACCGAUACCAACCCAAUAUAUGCAAAGCACAGUGGUCAAUGGUUUAUCGACGGGCAGUCCACUGAUAGUGGGCACCACAACCCCAAAGUUUAGCAAUCGCGGAGAUGCAUUCAUUGCUAACGCUGGUCCGCAAGAGGGCACUAAAAAUCAGCUUGGAAGUGGGCCUACCGAGGACGAAUCAUCAAUAUCGCCUCAAAAAAUUGGACUUAUAGUUGGGGCUACUACGGCUGGCACAGUUGCUGUUGCUGCCGGUGUAGCGAUUGCCUACGCAAAAUUGAAAGCAGGGAGCACGGCCGCCGGUGCUGCAUAAAAACGUUAUCAUAGCUGCUUAUAUAAGCCAGGCGCUGGAAUGGACAUUAAUGUAACCCGUUGAUAUACAGUGUAUUGACAUUUAAAUAAACAAUCGCUACAGUGAAAAUUAUUAGCCAGACACCAUACUACAAAGAACUACCGAGCUAGCACUAUAUUAUGGGAUAUCAAUUGUAUGAUAAUAAUAUAUAAUAUAAUAAUCUAAUAAUGAUAUUAUAAUAAUAUAAUUAUAUAUAUAUAUAUAUAUAUAUAUAUUACAUAUAUAAACAAAUAGAUAAAUAACAGAGCUCAAAUAGGAACAUAAUGUUAUAAUCGUAUUAAGCAUAUGAAAAAAGUGCCUCCGUUCAGAGACACCUGUUUUUAUACAACUGAAUUAAAUAGGAACUUUUAGUUGAAGGGCUAGGCUUGAUACGAUUAUACAGCACUGUUAUGCACUAACCGCAGGCAGUGGACUUCGAAAAACGCGUUGCCUGAGGUGAAACUGCGGGCGGUGGACGCGGGAAUAAACAGCCCGUAUUACCCUCGGUCAAGAUUUUCUUUAGAUAUUUUUUGCAUGCUGUAAUAUACAGAAUUGACAAAUAAAGUAUCAGAAUGUAGGAAAACAAUUUUAAUCCAUUUGAAAAUUAGCUGAGAAGACAACGGACAGUUGUUGGAAAUGAAACGCGUUGUUCGUAAGCAAAGCCGCGGUAAAAAUGGCACUGCCGCGAUCUGUACUGUAUAACUAUUACAAUAUACAAUAUCAAAUUAUAUCAUAGUUUUUAAUAUUAUUGUAUAUAUUUUAAAACAAUACAUAGAUUGAUGUAGGCCUCUUUAUGUACUCCAACCCUAACAUUAAUGAAUAUAUCACUCCGUUCCUCCUCCCUGAACAAUUUUAAUGUUACCCUUUAACUAUAUUACUCUAUUUAAAUUAACCUCUUCCCUAAAAGAAUUAAAUACAAAUGUUUAUCCUUCCUUUUAAACCUUUUCCCUUCUAAAAAAAACAAGAUACAAAAGUAACAGUAGGCCUACAACUUCAACACAGUAAUUCAGGUAAAAAAAAAAAAGAAGUCUUUGAGAAUAGACUAUUUGCAUUUAUGACAAUCUGCAGAUAAAAUGUAAUUGUCCUCAUCAUGUGUUUAAUCUAGUAAAAGUGUUUUCAUUAAAAAAAAUAAAUGAUGUAGA